AUUCUAUUUACACAAACCAGGUACCCACAUAGAAAUAUGCCAUUUAAUGGAGACAACUUCAGGGACUUUAAGGAACUAAAUAAAAUUCCCAAGGAUAACAAUAAGUACAAGUACAUCGGUGCUUUGAUCAUUGUUAUACCCGGCAUUAUAUUGGGCGGCUUUAUGGGCAAGAAGUUGGCCCAGUUUCUGGAAGUAUUUGAUCUAUAUGCGCCUGAUAUCUCGGAUGAUGAUUAAUGGAGCAACAUGGCACAUUUGAAUCUUCUACAUGGUGAACCAAUUGAAUUUGGAGCAAACCUGUGCACAUCCUGUUCGUAUAUAUGCUAAUGUGCCAAUCCAAACAGGCCAAACAGGAUGAGCUAGGAAAGAAAACUCAAUGCAAACAACUGCCCAGACCGGUAACCAAAAUCGGUGCAGGGUAAUAGGUGCACCCGAUCAAUUGAAUCAUAAUUAGUGCAAAGAGCUCAAAAUCAAACAAGUUU